AUGCUGUGGGCCAAUGGCAGUUGUGACCCUGCCUCCUUCUCCUCCUCCUCCUCCUCCUCUUCCUCUUCCUCAUCUCUCAAUCCACCAUCCGCACUCCAGCAAAAGUGCCUCAAGACCAAGGUUGUCUUCAAGUCCGACGACGUGAGCACAAUCAAAGAAGCAAGAACAGCUCUGGAGAAAAUGGAGGCAAAAGAUCCCCGGUACGCAAGCAGCAAACUCGAAUUUAAGGAUCUUAUUCGCCAAAGUCUUCAACGUCCGGAAAAAUACCAAGAGCAGAUCGACAAAUCUGAACCGGGGCAACCGCGACAAAAGUAUGUACUUACCGGCAACCUUUCGACCAACGGUCAUGACCUACGAGUCAUGUCAUACAAAUUGACGGUGGACCCCGGGAUUGCCAGUACCGCCACUGCUACCCUUAUUCACUCUAGCUAUGAAAAGGGAAAUAUCAACCUGAACAUCCCCCGCGGCCCACGGGAUGAUAUCGACCGGAGAUACCGCAAACAACAGAGCCAUAUAAAGAUCGAUACGGGGAUAACGGAAAUCGAAGAUAGGCUCGUGCAACAAAAGCCCGUCGAAGCCAAGUUGGUUGUUGGUGACUCGGACGUUAUUAUGGAAGUUCUAAAAAUCGUGCACGAUGUUGUCUGCGAUGUUGUUCUCGAUGUUGUGUUAAGGGGGGGAGCGGACGCUGUUCGUGCGGAGUGCAGUAUUGCAAAGGGAACCAACAGAAAAGAUAACAAGAACGAUUUAGAGGAAAAUAAAGGCCACGGAGCUACACAGCAUAAUGUGGUAUUGAGAGGCCCUUAA